AUGUCAGAGACUUUUAAAGAAUCUAACGUCCUUAUUUGUGGGUCGUCUCGCGUCGGCAAGACCUCUCUUAUCAAUGCUAUCUGUCAAAAAGAACUUUCGAGAUCAAAUACAGGCUUAAAUUCUGACACAAAAUCUAUCGACAAAUAUUCAUCUCGAACUGUAGUUGGUGAUGUGACUUACGAGACGAAUUUCUGGGAUACACCAGGCAUCGAAUCUUGGAAUGAAAAUGAGAUUCGUUCUUACAUGGCAUCAUUAAUCGAAAAAACUCAUCCAAUAUGUAUGAUUUAUUGUGCAUCGCCUGGUUCAUUUGCCGUAUUAGAUCAUAUCGUUUGGAUGGUUGCGGAAUGUUACAGUAAACAUAUUUUCUGUGCACUUGUUUGCACGAAUAUGUGGGCCGGACGUAAUCGGCAGAGUAUCUUAGAUGAAUUUUGUAAAUUAUUAAAUACUGUUCAUCCACAAAUCAAGCCAACCAAAGAAGAGGGCAUCAUCUACUAUGAUCGAGUUGCUCUUGUUACAAUGGUCAAUAGUAUAGAGCAUGUAGAUGAAGACUUUGGUGUUACCAAGCCACCAUCUGGCAUCAAUGAACUUAUUUUUGGUAUUGCUAAAGGUCUUGACCGAGAUUUUAUGAUAGCCUGGUUUCGAAUCGUAUCCGAUAAUAAAUCAUUUUGGACGACUAUGUCAUCGAAAUUGUCCACUCUACUCCACGUACCAUACGAGAAAUUCAAUAUUUUUUAUCAGCACGCUGAAAAUUUUCUCGGUCAACUACUUGACUUUCUGGAAUUUGACGAUGACAAUACCUACUUUCCUUUACAGACUACAACAGAAAUUGAUCCUCAUACUGCAUCAUCAUUCAAUACGAAUAAGGAAUCUUUGUUUGACGAUGCAGAAAUGGUUGAAAUACCAGAAUCGCCAAAAUCACAAAAUAAAUUAUUAUUCACAUUAAAAUCGGAAGGUAUGCUUGUACAACUCAAUAAUGCUUUGAUACAACUCGGUGCUAAGAAAAUACAGAAUUUUUCAUCUAACACAACAGAUGAGUCGAUAUACUCAGCUAGAGUUGAGUUUGCAGAUACCGAAUGUUUAAAAGCAAUAUACGAUUUCUGGCAAGUGAUGCAUCAAACUCAAGUUGACUGCACAAUAGUGGAUGAUUCGUCUGCUGAUUAA